AUGGAGCGCCAGGCAUUGACAAGGCCGGACCUUGAGAGUACGAUAACUGACGAGAACGAGCAUCUGCUUUCCAGAGAAGACGAAUCAGGUCAACACGGAUCCUUACAACAAUUCUCAAGACACGUAGACCAGAGUAGUCCUGAUGUCUGCACCGAAACGCAUGCGCUUCAGCAAUGGAGAUCGACAAUCAAGAACACCCAGAUCGAUGAAACCCAGACACUUCUAGACGCAGAAACAGAAGAUACGGGGCUUACCUCACCUCUGGCACAAGAGUCCAACGUCAACAAGCCUCAACAGGAAGAGGUUUAUCAGGUAGCUAGUACCCACAGCGAGCAAAACAACACAACUCCCCAAGAUUACGAUAUCAAUACCUCUACUCGUCUUCAGUGCAUUAUUGGCGUCUUCACAGGCUGUCUUCUCGCCCUCGCAUGUAUCGGGUCUGGUAUUUACGUCCUUGCAACAAAAAAGGAAAAGCUUGCUAUGCAUGUUAACAUUGAUACAACGGCAAGAGAGGUCCUAUCGCUUGUUUUCAACAUCAUCCUCACGUUCUGCAUUGAUAGCAUGGCUUUCAUCCAUUCGGUGUCAUUAAGAUGGGCUCUCUAUAGCGAACAUCAAUUGGAGUUUAACACGAACCUUCGGCUUUUUACCAGCUCGACUAAGAGUGGAUCUAAUCGGUGGUACACUAAUAUCUUUAGCAUGAUCUGUUUGAUUCUUUGCUACGGAGCUUCCAGUUACUUACUACUGCCCGACUAUGUGGACGAAGUAUUCAUAAACGGCCUGGCUCUCUUGAUACUGGGCCUGGCUCUUCUGGGACACGCAUCAGUUUCAACAUGGUGUCUAUGGACCUGCUCCGAUUCUGUAUCAACCUGGAGUUCUAAUCCAUUGAGCAAUUGUCUGGCCGCUGUGCAAAACGGUAUGCUUCAGCGACGCAAUGGGAGGUGUAUGCGAUCCGUGCACGAUCGGAACCCUUCAUCACUGCAACUUUGUGCAGACAUCGAUACACAGCCAAUUCGUCCUCGGCAGAAGCAAGAAAGCAUGUACAAGCUGAACAGGCUUAUAAGAAUAAUUAUUUGGCUACUCUGGAUGCUGGCAGUACUGGCCAUGAUAUGGAUGUUUGCCAUCUUGGGGCUAGACCAGGCAUAUGCAGCCGAUAAUGGUGUUCAUUGUCCGCCUGGUAAAGCCUCACUAAAAUGGGAGGUGAUGGCUCCAGGUAGUUGCAGCAGCAACAUGGCGAGCCUCUCUAUGUCCCCUUCUUCAAACCCCGAAGAUUACAACAAAUACCCGCUUCUCCAAGUCUUUCUGGGCCUGCUGUUCAUCAGUGCAGUUCAAGCAACCCAGUCCAUUGCUCUACAUUGUACCGAGCUGCUUGUCAACAUUUCACGAGAUGAAAAUAUGUGGCGGAAUGCGUAUGACAAUAGCAGCAGGAACAGGAAAGGCCCAAAAGGGCCCUUGCUUGCAAGUGACUCGCUGAAGAACGCAAUAAGCAGCUGGGAAUAUAUCAUCCUGAGCCUUUUCAAGUCUCUUCUGCACUGGAGUGUUGGUCAGGCUAUACAGCCGAGCAUUAGAGCAGGAAUCGCAGGGGACAUAUCGACUAUGGAUCCGUCUUUGUUAAAGGAGGAAAUGGGUGUGGUGGGUGUCACCUUUUAUAUGACAUAUACUCGACUACUGCUUUAUGCCGUCCUUGCUAUACUGCUGGCUUCUUUUGCCACUUUUCUGGCACUGAGAAAGCGAUCGGGACCUCAGCCUGCUACUAUGGGCCACUUGCAAACUAUUGCAGACCUGGUUGACGAUUGGACUCCAAGUGAGAACGGCCGUAUUUAUUGGGGAGACAAAGGGGAAAACUCAAGAAGUGCAGUUCGUCAUGCAGGUACAAGCUAUAAGCUCAAGGCUCUAGGCCAGAUCUCACCUAAUGCUCUCUACGCUGGCUAG